AUGGCGGCCGCGGGCUUGGUUGCUGUGGCCACGGCCGCGGAGUACUCCGGCCCUGUAUCGCCGAGCGGUAACUUCUCCGGCAUGAACUGCGGCGCAGGCUCCGGAACGGGUCCCGUCCCUGGCCCAGGCUCGUGGAGCCGUUCCCUCGAGCGAGCGCUGGAAGAGGCGGCCGUCACCGGAGUGUUGAGCCUGAGCGGCCGGAAACUGAGGGAGUUUCCCCGAGGAGCGGCCAACCACGACCUGACGGACACCACCCGAGCGGAUUUGUCACGAAAUCGUCUCUCAGAAAUCCCUCUUGAAGCGUGCCACUUUGUUUCCCUUGAGAAUCUCAAUUUGUACCAAAAUUGUAUUCGAUAUAUCCCAGAGGCAAUUCUAAACCUACAAGCUCUGACAUUCUUAAAUAUCAGUCGGAACCAGCUGUCAACAUUGCCAAUACAUUUGUGCAAUUUACCAUUGAAAGUCUUAAUUGCUAGUAAUAACAAAUUGGUCUCACUUCCAGAAGAAAUUGGACACCUCAAACAUUUGACAGAACUUGAUGUGAGCUGCAAUGAGAUUCAGACAAUUCCAUCCCAAAUUGGUAAUCUGGAGGCCUUGAGAGAUCUUAAUGUAAGAAGAAAUCACUUAGUACGCUUGCCUGAGGAGCUGGCAGAGCUGCCUUUGAUACGGUUUGAUUUCUCCUGCAAUAAAAUCACCACAAUUCCUGUUUGUUACCGGAACCUCAGGCAUCUACAGAUGAUUACUCUGGAUAACAAUCCAUUGCAAUCUCCUCCCGCACAGAUCUGUAUAAAGGGCAAAAUCCACAUAUUUAAAUACCUGAACAUACAAGCUUGUAAGAUUGCUCCAGACCUGCCCGAUUAUGAUAGGAGACCCUUAGGUUUUGGCUCCUGCCAUGAAGAACUAUACUCAGGUCGUCCUUAUGGAGCCCUUGAUUCAGGUUUUAAUAGUGUGGACAGUGGUGAUAAGCGAUGGUCAGGGAAUGAGCCUACAGAUGAAUUUUCAGAUUUGCCUCUUCGAGUAGCAGAGAUUACAAAAGAACAGAGACUCCGAAGAGAAAGCCAGUAUCAGGAGAGUCGCAGCAGUUUAGUGGUAACAAAUGGUGGAGUGGAACAUGAUCUGGAUCAGAUUGACUACAUUGACAGCUGCGCUGCAGAAGAAGAAGAGGACGAGGUGAGACAACCCAGGGGCAUGGACCCAGACAGUCUCAGUUCACAGUUUAUGGCAUAUAUUGAACAACGGCGAAUCUCUCACGAGGGUUCUCCAGUUAAGCCAGUACCUAUUAGAGAGUUUCAGAAAAUGGAAGAUAUGAGAAAGUUUAUACAUCAAAACAGAGUUCCAGUUGAGCCAUCUUUUCUCUUGCCACCAUCAUCAAGUCACAGUCAGCUGUCACACACAGAUCUAGAACAUCAUCAGAGAAGAGAGCAAAUAGUGGAGCGCACUCGAAGAGAGGCCCAGCGUGCUGCCCUGCAGUAUGAAGAGGAGAAAAUGAGGACCAAGCAGAUACAGAGAGAAGCUGUCCUGGACUUUGUCAAGCAAAAAGCAUCCCAGAGUCCACAGAAACAGCCCCUCUUAGAUGGUGAGUGCCCCUUCCCAUCCAGAAGGUCUCAGCACACUGAUGAUAGUGCCUUAUUAGUGUCGCUUCCAGGGUUGAAUCAAGUCGGCUGUACCACCCUGCCUCAUUCUUCUGCCUUCACGCCUCUUAAGAGUGACAGCAGGUCUAAUGGCUCAUCAAGUUCACCUACGAUAGAAACAGUUCAUCAUUCCCCUGCAUAUUCCUUUCCUGCUGCUGCUAUCCAGAGAAACCAGCUCCAGCGCCCUGAAAGCUUCCUUUUCCGAGCAGCUGUCAGGGCAGAAACAAAUAAAGGUCAUGUUUCACCCCUCCUGUCAUCAGCUCCUACCACUGAUUCUACAGAUUCCAUAACAAGGCAGAGUUCAAGACAGAGAGAAGAAGAGCUGGAAUUAAUAGAUCAGCUCCGGAAACAUAUUGAAUACCGGUUGAAAGUGUCUCUGCCUUGUGAUCUUGGAGCAGCUCUGACCGAUGGUGUUGUUCUCUGCCAUUUGGCCAAUCAUGUGCGGCCUCGAUCUGUCCCAAGCAUUCAUGUUCCCUCACCAGCUGUCCCUAAAUUAACAAUGGCCAAAUGCAGGCGCAAUGUAGAAAAUUUCCUAGAAGCUUGCAGAAAAAUUGGUGUACCUCAGGAGCAAUUAUGUUUGCCUCUCCACAUUUUAGAAGAGAAAGGCUUGAGCCAGGUCGCAGUGACGGUCCAGGCCCUCCUGGAACUUGCCCCGCCCAAGCAACAGCAGCACCAGUUACCCACUGUUUAAGGACUCCCCGGAAGUUGGGAUUUGGCCUGGCCCAGGCGCGGAUCGGGACAUGACCCUGCUGCCAGCCCCCUGCUUACACAAAUCGCUUAUGUGUUCUUAAAACGGACUCUGCCCAUGAUUCCUAACAGGAAUGUUUUGCUUCAUUUCUCCAUUUUAGGGGAGGUUAUAUCCAUUUCCAUGGAUUUUUUUUUAAAUGAAGAAACCCUUCGUUUUCUCAAAUG